AUGGAGCCAACACUCCCUCAGGGCCUGGUAACUAUGGCUGCUAUGCCUGCUACCAAAGGCUUGCGGCAGGAGAAACUGGAAAGUGCCGUUUACAAGAAAUUCUGGCAAGCCUACAGCACAUCCAAUCUUGCCAGCAAAGACCAAACCGAGUCUCGUCUUGAGCAUCUUUUCUGGAGAAUCUGGGGUAACAAGCAACUCUGGGGUGGCUUGGAUCUCCACACCCUAGACCGCCUCAUCCUCCGCAUAAAAAGGACGCCAGUGCUGCUGGGACAAAAGGUGGAAGUGAAAAAGCCGGAGACUGCAGUUGAAAAAGAGGCUGUGAGCCCGGGCAUUUGCGACAGCGGAUCCUGCUCAUUCAACUCCAUACUGAAGAAGUCCCAGCCUAGCCCGGCCGAAAUCCCAAAGAAACCCCGUCUGGCUAUAUUCACACCCUCAGGCGAACUAAUCACACGAAACCCCUCCAACCCCCCAACCCCAAUCAUGACCGAAUCAACUCAGGAAGUUCCAACCCGACAGAAUUCAAAGAAGACCUACCUCGCGGCAACCCGCAACGGCCGCGGCCCGCGCCGGCGACCCGUCUUCAGCCGCCGCAAAUCCUCGCAGCCAACCACCCCAAAGACAAUCCCACCUCUACGCCGCCGCUCUGAGCCAGCUGGAGCAACCAAUGCCACUCCAGACUCCUACGUCGAGCUGGGCCAGCUACAGCACAUGAGCUUCCGCGACGAGGGCGACGAAGAUGAAAUCGUCCGCGACAUUGCACGCGAGAUCGCUCCCAAGCCAAAGCCCAGCAAGCCAACCAACCCUCAAUUCGACGAUGAACUUGCCGAGGACGAUCCUGAUCUGCUGAAAGCCGUCAAGCCCGGAUGUGUUGACCAAGGGAUCCCCUUCCCCCGCGGCUCGUCGCUCCGUCAUCCGAUGCUCGCCCCGGAGAGCUUCUCGCAGGUCCUAGGCCCCUCAUUUAACCUGAACUCAUUCCAGGCCCCCGGAGGUCCGGACUUGGCUAUUCCCACUAGCGAGAUUGAUGCCGAAUGGAGCGAUGUUGAUGCUCUUGAAUCGACCCUUCCUGUCCUCCAGCCUUUCAAGAAGGCUGUCUCGCCUCAGGAAUCGGCUAUUGAGGAGCGUGCAAAGGGUCCUUCAGAGAUUGAAUCUCCCAUUGUCACUGUGUCGGUUGGCAACGACGAAUCACUGUUGACUCAUAGUGUUGGGAGAAUCAGACUGUGA